AUGUUUCAUGCUCUUGGCUCUGCGGAUGGGGAAGAGGAGCAGGCGGAGGAGGAUUGUCCUGAAUUGGUCCCCAUUAAGACGAAGCAAAGAGAGGAGAAGGAGGAAACGUCUGGCCCCGGCGCUAAGAUCCCAGUCACAAUUAUCACCGGGUAUUUAGGUGCUGGGAAGACAACACUUCUGAACUAUAUUUUGACAGAGCAACAUAGUAAAAGAAUAGCAGUGAUUUUAAAUGAAUUCGGGGAAGGAAGUGCAUUGGAGAAAUCCUUAGCUGUCAGCCAAGGUGGAGAGCUCUACGAAGAAUGGCUGGAACUUAGAAACGGUUGCCUCUGCUGUUCCGUAAAGGACAGUGGCCUUAGAGCUAUUGAGAAUUUGAUGCAGAAGAAAGGGAAAUUUGAUUACAUACUGUUAGAGACCACUGGAUUAGCAGAUCCUGGUGCUGUAGCUUCUAUGUUUUGGGUUGAUGCUGAAUUAGGGGUUGAUAUUUAUCUUGAUGGUAUCAUAACUGUUGUGGAUUCAAAAUAUGGAUUAAAUCAUUUGGCAGAAGAAAAACCUGAUGGCCUUAUCAAUGAAGCUUCUAGAUCAACAAAUGGACUGGGAAAAAUUUUAGAAACACAAAGAUCAAGUUUGCAGAGAAAACUUCAGAAUGUGCCAACAACACAACCUCACCUUGAUCAGAGUAUUGUUACAGUCACAUUCGAAGUACCAGGAAAUGCAAAGGAAGAAAGUCUAAAUGUCUAUAUUCAGAAUCUUCUGUGGGAAAAGAAUGUGAGAAACAGGGAUGACGACUGCAUGGAGGUCAUACGACUAAAGGGGCUGGUGUCGAUCAAAGACAAACCACAACAAGUGAUUGUCCAGGGUGUCCAUGAGCUGUAUGAUCUGGAGGAGACACCAGUGAGCUGGGAAGACGACAGUGAGAGAACAAAUCGAUUGGUCCUUAUUGGAAGGAAUUUAGAUAAGGAUAUUCUUAAACAACUAUUUAUAGCUACUGUGACUGAAACAGAAAAUCAGUGGACAACACAUUUCAAAGAAGAUCAAGUUUGUCCAUAACACUAGAAGCAUCACCAAAAGGACUGGAUGAUAAAAUUGGGAAUAAGUUUCCUAUUGGAUGUAUUUCAAGCAUCUAUUCUUUGCAUUACUUCUCUUAUGAAUUCCAGUGUAAACUUUAAAAUAGUAUUUAUUUUAUAGAAUACAUACAACAUAGUAAAUCAGUAUUAUAAAACAUUUGAUAUUCAUAUAAUAAAAUACACUGUCCUCUGACUUUUUUUUGUGGACAGAUGAUUCAUAAACAUAUCUUUCAGAAUUGGCUUUGGAGUUUACAUAUGCUGAAUUUCUCACUCAUGGAAGUUAUAAUAAUAAUAAUGGGAAAACUUACUUCAACAUUGUCAUUUUCCCUUAGAACUUCAGCUGAUUGUGUGGAUGUAAUUUUAUUGUUAAUAACAAAAAUUUUUAAAAACAAUGUCACCAUUUUUAUUCAAGGAAAUAAAGGGUU